AGUGCUGCUGCUAGCAGAGUAGUUCGCGCUAAUUAACGGUUGUCUGGGUCCAUUAAACUUUUGUUUCUUAUCACUUUAUUUCCCACAGAUGCAAUAUUUCUUGUUUAUACUGUAGUCAUAUUUUGUUGGUUUAUUGCUCUCUAAUGUUAGUUGGCUGACUGGCUUCGUUCUGAUCCAGGCGAAGAUGAGGCGCUGCGAUGCCCUCUGAUUUUAUAUCCCUCCUCAGCUCAGAUCUCGACCUUAAUUCCCCCAAAUCCCUUUACUCUAAAGAGUCUGUGUAUGACCUCCUCCCUAAGGAGCUCCAGCUGCAGCCGUCCUCCUCCUCCAAGACAGACACACCCACCAUGAGCCAGAAGAGUGGGGGAGAGGCCAGACCACCCCCUUCUGCAUCCCUGGCCUCAGAUGCCACCUCCUCCACCUCCAGCCCUUCUCCAUCCUCCUCUCAAGACAUGGGAGACCCCUGCACCACCAGCCCCAGACCCAGCACAGCCCCCUCUACCUCAUCUAUGAAACAGCCCCAGUCCCCCCUCCUCCUCCACCAUCCCAGCAGUUCCUCCGGAGAGGGUUCAGGAGCCCCAGGGGGAUCACAGAUGCAGGGUGUGGAGGGAGCUCUGUCUGCCCUUGGAGGUGGAAGCUGCAGUGGGACCAGCUCUGGAACAGGAGACCCAGGAGCAGCAGGGGGGGUGGGAGCCCAGCAGCAGCCCCAGAACACCCCCUCUAAGAGGAGGCCAGUGCUGAGCAUCUCCCCCCCUCCGGAGGACCUAUUUGAUGACAGCAAUAUGUCCUGCCAGGAGGAUCCAGCCCCGGCCGGGCCAGCAGGGCCAGACUCAGAAUACAGCAGCAGCAUCUGGGCCGACGACUCAGCCUCCAACUUCAGCCUGCUCAGCUCCAGCUCCUACAAUGACAACACAGAGGUCCCCCGCAAAUCCCGUAAACGCACCCCCCGCCAGCGGCCCGGGCCCAAGCCUUCACCCCCAGAGGACAGCAUGGACAUGUUUGAUGCAGACAGUGCCAAGGCCCCACACUUUGUCCUGUCUCAGCUGGGCCCAGACAAGGCCAGUCCCAAGCCCAAUUCUCUGGAGGCUGGGUGCCUGCUGAAGGGAUGUAUUCUGUCAGGUCAGUACCCCCAGAAGAGUGAGGGCAAGGAGCUGAAGAUCCUGUUGCAGCCAGAGACCCAGCACCGGGCACGCUACCUGACCGAGGGCAGCCGCGGCUCUGUCAAAGACCGCACCCAACAGGGCUUCCCCACGGUCAAGUUGGAGGGUGUCAGUGAGCCGGUGGUGCUGCAGGUGUUUGUGGCCAGUGACACAGGCAGAGUGAAGCCUCAUGGGUUCUACCAGGCCUGCAGGGUGACGGGCCGCAACACCAAAGCCUGCAAGGAAGUGGACAUCGAGGGAACCACUGUCAUAGAGAUCCCUCUGGAGCCCAGCAACGCCAUGUCACUAGCGGUUGACUGUGUGGGGAUCCUGAAGCUGCGUAACGCGGACGUGGAGGCUCGUAUUGGGGUUGCCGGGUCCAAGAAGAAGAGCACCCGGGCCAGGCUGGCCUUUAGGGUCAACAUCCCCCAGCCUGAUGGGUCUGUCCUCACCCUGCAGACCACCUCCUCACCCAUCCUCUGCACCCAGCCAGCGGGGGUGCCAGAGAUCCUGAAGAAGAGUCUCCACAGCUGUUCAGUGAGAGGAGGAGAGGAGCUCUUCAUCAUAGGGAAGAACUUUCUCAAAGGAACCAAGGUCAUCUUCCAGGAGAACACAGCAGAUGAUAACUCGUGGCAGGCCGAGGCAGAGAUUGACAUGGAGCUGUUCCAUCAGAACCAUGUGAUAGUGAAGGUUCCUCCCUACCACAACCUGUCUGUCUCCUCUCCUGUCUCUGUGGGCGUCUACAUCAUGACCAACGCCGGGAGGUCACAUGACGUACAGCCCUUCACAUAUACCCCAGACUCAGAGCACUCCCUGGACAUGUCUGUGAAGACAGAGGGGUCUUCUCUGGCUAAGGCCUGCACCUUCCAGGACCAGAUCAAGUCUCUGGCCUCUGACCCUGCCCAGUCUGCUGGUGAACUGGUCAAACGACAGGAGGUCACCCCUAUGGAGGUCUCCAGUAAUACCCCAUCCACAGCACUCUUCAAGCCGUCGUCUGACGCCCUCGUCUCGGUCCAGCAAACCCUGGCGCUGAGCUCCAGCACCCCGCCUAGUGCUGAGUCCUUCCCCAGCCCCAUGCCUCUCCAGCAUGGGGACGUGGACUUCCCCCAGUCCCCGGUCUUCCCCUCCCUGGAGCCCCUCUGCACCAUCCAGAAGCAGGACAUCGCCCCCACCACCUCCUUCCCUGUCUCCAGCGACAACACCACCCUCCCCCCCGUCCCCCCAGAGUUACCCCAGCAGUUCCUCCGGGACCCCCAGGAGAGCCUGCCUCAAGAUGCCUCCAACCCCAGCAGCGAGGUGGUGUUAGUGGGCAUGUCCCAGAUGGCGCCCCACUCCCAGCCUCAGCUCCCCCUGUUCCCCCAGGACGGGGUGGCCCAGCUGGAGAGGGCAGUAAGGGAGCUCCAGGCGGGGGGCAGCGACCUGGUACAACAGGUCAUGGAGGCAGCAGUGGCUCAGCAGCAGCUCAACUCAGUGUUGUACAGCCCCACGGCCUCCACUGACUCACUGCAGCAACACGUACAGGACACCAUGAACAGCCUGAGACUGGGGGGAGCUGAGGGCUCUCUGGCCACACAACAACACAUACAGAUACAACAACAGCAGCAGCAGAUACAACAGCAGUUGCAACAACAGCAGAUCCUUGGCAACAUGCAGCAACAGCAGUUACAGCAACAGCAAGUCCUUGGCAACAUACAGCUACAACAAGAAUUAUUACUACAGCCACAGGAUCAACAACAACUGCAGCAACAGCAGCAACAGAUACUGGGUAACCUACAACAUCAACAGUUUCAACAGCAGCAGCAGGUACUUGGCAACAUACAGCUACAGGAUCAUCAACAACUUCAGCAGCAACAACAACAAAACCAAGCACUAGGCAACCUACAACAGCACCAGCUACAGCAACAUCAACAACAGUUACAACAGCAGCUCCAGGCUGAGUUCCUCCAGCCCCAGAUCCACUCUUCAUCUCAGCCCCAGCAGCAGCCUGUGUCUCUCCUCCAGCAGGCUGGGGAGCUGCUCACCAUCCAGACCUCCAGCUUCCCCCAGCAGCCCCCCUCCCACUCCUCUCCCCCCCAGCAGCUCUUCCAGUCCCCAAGGCCUCUGUCGGAGACCCCCAGCCCCCAGCACCAGGUCCAAGCCGCCCUGCUGCAGAACACUCUGACUGUGCUGACCAGUGGUAGCCUUAGUCAGGAGCAGCAGGCCACAGGGUCCACACUGUUCCUUUCUCCCAACACUCUCUCUAACCAGGGUAGUCAACAGCAGCUAGCAUUCCUUUCCUCCAUGGAGACUUCUGCCUGUGAGCCCCAGACUGUGUCAGUGUUCCAGCCUCAGACCCAGCAGCAGCAGCAGAGCACCCCCAUGGACCAGCAGCAGUCCCCCCAGCAGACACAACUACAGCAAACCCAGCAGCUUCCCAUGGCUCAGCAGAGCUCCUUGUUCCAGACUAGCACUCUGCCCCCCAGCCAGCACCCUCAGCCCCAGCCCACCGGCCUCCUUCUCUGCACCGCCUCCCUCAAACCCCAGGCUCUGCCCCCAGCCCUCCUCUUUAGUACCCAGGCCCAGGGCCCCUCCAUGGGCAGCAACAGCACCCCUCGCCCCCAGGACGCCACUACGUCCCUCUUGUUCUCUCAGCCCACCAUGGUGGGGGUCAGGGUAGGUGUGGCCCAGACGGACCCAGCGGAGCCCAUGUUCUUCCAGGACCAGAGCUCCUCUGUAGGGGGGACCCCUGCCUCCAGCAAUCCCCCUCCGCAGGGUCUGUUCCAGGGGCAGCAGCCCAUGCAGGUGGGCUCCAGCUCAGUCAGUGGCCCUCCCAGCCAGCAGGUGGAGCUGUUCCUGCCACAGGGUUCUCUGUCUGGUCUGCAGGGUAGCAUGGCCACACAGGAACUAGGAAACCAGGCUGCAGCAGGGGCAACUAUCUUUGUAAUGCAGAGUGGGCUGGGGGUGGUGGGGCUGCAGAGUACCACAUCCUCCCCUGGUAAGAGACCCCCAGAGCAGCUGUUCCAGACGGGAGUGAGCGGGAACGUUGGCCAGCCAGGAGGACAACCCAACCUGUUUGUGUUCGGCCUCCAGAACGAUUCCUCCCAGCUGAUGACGUCCUCUGGUCCUACAAUGUCUGCCCAGAGCCAGUCCCAGAACCCCAACCCUUUGCAGGCCAGCCACAUCCAGCCUCUUCUGGACCCAAACAUGGCCCAGACCGCCACACCCAUGCAUACUAAUCUUCAGACACCCAUGCAAACUGGUUUACAAAACGCCAUGAGUAGCUUAGAAAAUGCCUUGCAGGCCAACCUACAGACCCCAAUGCAGACGAACAUACAGACUGCAAUGCAGACCAAUAUACAGACUGCCAUAGAAACAACCCCUAUGCAGACCAACCUCCAGACCCCCAUGCAAACCAACCUCCAGACCCCCAUGCAGACCAACUUCCAGACCCCCAUGCAGACCAGUUUACAGACCCCCAUGCAGUCCAACAUGCAGACGUCCAUGAGCACCUCCCAGAACAUGGAGAAGAUAGAGGACCUGCUGGAGAGCCUACAGGAGCAGUGAUCUUUCCUGGGACCACAGAUACACUGAUGGAGGUUCUAGUGACUUUUGCCCACUCUGGGGCAGGCUGUGUGUUCUGCUUACAAUACAACCCCUCUAAGCAACACCAAUAUGGAGAAAGGGGGUAGAGUGGUGUCUGAGCAUGCUAUGAACACCCUAAGAACAUGAAGACGUUUUAAAGAUGUUAUCAGAUGUACUCGUGUACCCCAGCUCAUAUUUUUGAUGAAUGUCAGUACAUGCAUUCAUAGACAGACGGACGGCUGGACAGACGCCGUUAUGAUGAAUUGGUUGAGUGAGUACUCCUCUUGCUGGGUCAGUGGAGAGUAACUCAUGUAUCCAUCAGUCUCACAUAUGCAGUGGUUAUUCUAUUUCAUACUGUGCUGUGUUAUUAAUGGCCUAACAGGGGUGGGAGGAAGGAGAAAGUGCAGGAGAGGGAUACAGAAAGUUAAAGCAAGAGAGAAAGACGGAUGGCGGAUAGAUUGGGAUUUAAACGCGAGCGUGAAAGAGAAGGGCAGCCAGAUGAAGGCAUCUUAACGUGUUCUUGUUUGUGAGUGCACAACUUCAGUCAGAUCAUACAGCAGUCGGUGUAUCUGUCCAACAUAUCUCAUCAUAUCUCUUCCUUUGGCACUUCCCAUUGUCUGCAUUUAGUUGCGUAUUAUUACACAAUAGUACACACCGGCUUUCUCCAUUGUAAUGCUUAUAAAGAAUUUGCGUAUGUUCAACUUGUGUUUGGUGGGGGAUUUUAGAAUUGGAUUUGGAAGCAUUUCCAGUAUAUUGUGAAUAGAAGGAUGCUUUCUACUGGGGAAAGUGAAGCGUUGUGUGGUUUUAUAAACAUUAAGCACUUUAAACUGUCUUGUGUGACCAGCCAAUCCUUAUAUCCAUCCAGAGGCUCUGGGGUUAGAGCAAACGUGUACUUGUUGACUUACAUUUAAAAAAUAAUUUGUAAUGUUUUUUUGGCAAGGUAUAUACAUUAACACAUUGUCCAUGCAUUUAUACAUUUUCACUAUAUUUUUGGAGUAAUAAUUGAGAUUUUUCUAAAGAUGUUGUGUCUGUUAAGUGUUGAAUUCAUCGGAUGCCUAUUUAUACUGAGUGAACCAGUCAGUCAAUUCAGUCGGAUUUCCCAUAGUGAGUAUACAGUCUUCGUUUUGAUGUCUCUUGAGUGUAACUAGCUCCUGUUCGUAGGCUUGUAUAUCUCUGCCUACACCCCACAAAACAUUUGUAUUUUAAGUCGAUACAUUGUGUGUACACAUACAUGAGUGGUGUGUGUCAUUUUUAUGAAGGAUUUACAGCAUAUUGCUAUCUGUAGCCUACGAUUCUGUGUACUGUAACAAUCUGCGUAAGUUAACAGACUGUGUUUUACCUUGUGUGGUGUGGUUGUAGUUUUUGGUUGGUGUCUGGUUCAUGUACUGACAGAUGUUGAACUACUACUGUCAGUGUUCAGGGCAGAGCUGUGUGAAAUAGACACGCAGUACCUCUCCCAUGCAACAUCACUAAGGACUCACUGCAACACAAAGGCUCUGUUCCAAUAGCCGCACUAGCAUACCACUUCCUAUGAACCAAUGUAUUGGGCAUGUACGAUAGUCUAUUGGUAUGCUAUGCUAGUAUGGGCAUUGGAACGUGCUUAAAAUCUCUUCCUUUGGUUGUGUUUAGACAGGCAGUUCAAAUCUGAUAUUUUUUCCACUAAUUGGUCUUUUGACAUCAGAUAUUUUUCAGAGCUGAUCUGAUUGGUCAAAAGACCAAUUAGUGAAAAAUCUAAAUUGGGCUGCCUGUAAACACAGCCAUAGAGCGAGCCAUUCUCAUGUUAUCUAUGGUGCUAUGUGCAGAUGUGAUGGACACUUCUAAUGCGAUGUUUAUACUCAUAUUAACCUUGUGGUUCAGUCUUAAUUGUGUUUCUAUAGUGUGAUGGCUGUGAGCAGGCAGCGUGAGGAGUAUCUCUUGUCAUAUGUUCCGUUCAAAACAUCCUAAAUGUUUUACUCAUUUGUACAUUUUUUACUCAUUUUAAAUCAUGCAGCUUUCAUGGAUAUUAACAUUGUUUUUGUACAAAUAUUUUGUAAAUUACAUUAAGGUACUCUCCCAACAGUUUUCCUCUUCUGUCAUUUCCAUCCAAAUGAAUAUGCAUUUUAAACCAUGUUGCUCUACUCUGCUUUAGAUGAAAGGUGAUACUACUGUUAUUCCAUAUCUAAUAAACAGUAGUCUGUUUGACAUAUUGACAUAAACAGAUGGAAUGAGAACUUUUCAGUUGUUGCACAGAUCCCUAUAUGCUCAUGUAAGCAUUUUUCAUAUUUUAUCAUUCUGUCUUGAGAAAGUAGGACUACUCCAUUUUAAAAUGUCAUUUAGAAAGUUUAUUACCCAUGAGUCAGAUUACAUGUUUUUUUUAAUAACGAAUGUUUGGUUUACAUGUAUGCAGUACAGUAUAUAAUUGUUAAAACAUUGGACGGAACUCCAGUGUACAGUUAGGUGUGUGUGUGUGUGUGUAUACUACCAGAUCUCUUUAUGUAGAACACGGGCCAACAGUCUACUAGACUCAUUCUAGGCUAACCAUAAAUGGAAUACAUGAAAUGGACACCGUUCCAGCAUAGAAUUAGUUAUAUUUAUUCCCACAGAAAAUGGAUACUAUUUUGAAAACCACAUUUGGUUUCACCUAUCCAAAAUGUCAGUUUGGCCUAAACACAAUAGAUGAUCACAUCUCUGAAUACUGAUGUCCAAGCCUCUUCUAUUUCUAUGGGGGACUUUCAAGAGCACAUGAUAUUGUGGAAUAGUAAUGCCAUACAAAUAGAGAAAGCCAACCUCCAAGUUUCUCCUCUCUGUGUGAUGAAGUAGCUUGACCUCAGAGUGGAGAAUAUCUGUUGGUACCUUAUCUGCCACUGGACCAAUUAUACUGUUUUUAGAGAAAAUAUUUGAGGCAUAUUGACCCUUUAGUACAUUGGACUUGUGGAAAUACAUUAUUUUGUGGUUCUAAUGUCUGGUUAUGUUCCAAGCACUCAUUUCGAUGUAUCUAUUGCUUAACUGUUUGAAUUCAUCACAUUCAUCUGAAAAUACUAGCUGAAAUGUUUCACUUUGAGUUGGAAAAAUAGCACACACAUGGUCUCCAUCCACAAAUCAGUUGUCAUUAUCUCAUGUGAAUAUGAAUAUCCAUGUUGUAAUGUGAGACAGGGGUUAUCAGUUGUGAAGUUCAGUGUGCCUUGACAAACCAUCAGUGUAGUACGUUUACCAGAUUCCCUUUGUGUCAUGAGUCAAGACUGUACAUCUCCCUUGUCUAAUGUUCUGUCUCUAGAUGAACUCUUGACUAAUCAUUCUUCAGUCUAGACAGUGUCAGUGAUCUGCUUUUAGUUCCAUGACCACCUAAACCAAUGCAGUGUGAUUUAAUGUUUUAAUGUCAUCCACCCCUGGUUGCAGUUAUGUUGCAAUACAAAAAAUGUGAUCACUUUCACUGUUGAACUGCUGUGCAGCUUAACCCCUAAACUGUAUACAUGUUUAUGUUUGUCCUUAUUUCAGGCCUGUUGAGAUUCAUCGUUUUGAGGUAAAAAAGGGAAACUGUAGGUGGAGAUUGUUUUGAUCAGAUGUUGCAGAAAGCUCUUGUUGGUGUGUGCUUGUCAACAUUACUGUUGCUGUGAAGAGCUUGACAUGAGAUCAAAAGGAGAAGUGAUAAGAGACUUCUAUUGCCAACAGAGUGAGCUGUGUUUUGGGUUGUCAGUCAGUUUGCUGACGAGUUUCACCUCUGUUUUUCACCUAUCAACUGUUCUUUGUUGAGCUUUCGUAUCUAAGGCACUGCGUCAGAGAAGUCACCCUCCUUGUUUUGUCAUACAUAUGAAAUAAUGUAUUUUUGUUUCUGGACAUUUGUUUAUUCUUGUGAUUAUAUUUCUGUAAUUCUGCUGCUACAUAAUGAGUAAAUAAAGAUUAAGGUCUUUGCUUCAA